GUCGGCGGUGAAGCUUGAUCGUGUGAACUGCGUCGCGACAACCACAUCAGAAGCAAACUCCCCAGCGGUCGGUCUUGUGCAAUCCGGGUUACUCAGCUGCCGCCCCUCCCGGUGGAAAAUUGCUGCAGCGCCCGUGCGGAAAAGUCAGUUCGCGAUGAGGAGGAUCACUGUGCGGAUCGUUUAGUAGUGUUCAUCCAGGAACGGACAACGACUGCGUACGAGAAACGUAAACACCAUCAACAUCAUCAUCAUCGUUGCCGCCGUGGCCUCCACCACUCCCGCUGUCGUUGUCACCCGUCGUCGUGGUUGUCAUUAUCUUUUGUCAACGGUUACUACGACGGCCAAGAGGGUGAUGUGGAAAAGUAGCAGCACUCUUGGAUUGUGGUUUUAGUAUACGGCGUGUGUGUGGCGAGUUUUCAGAACUUUUCGCUGGCGAUCGCGGAGCGCGCAGAUCUUCUUACUGUUCCUUUUUAUUUUUGUUAUUUCCGUGGCGCGCACAACAACGCAGACCACAAACCAACGGCUUAGGCUGGCAGAUGAGCACGCGCGCGUCUCUCCGCUGGCACACUAGCAUUAGCAGCGCCAGUAGCGGUAGUAGUGGUAGUAGUUCUCCAGGCCACCAGAGACUAAAAAUAGUACAAUACGGCCUGGAUUUUUGGGAGAUGUCAUCGUAGCUCAGCACGGUGUUCGGGGCAACCCAGCAGCAGCAGAAAACGGCAGUAGCAGCAGUAGCCAGCAUUGGCACUUUUUCGGCUGAUCUAUUUAUUGCAGAACGUGGUGAUCGUCGCGACGGACAUACUUCGAUCGUGCAACGUUCCGUGUUUAAGAAAAUUGAUCUUAGAAGAAACCUUUUGGAAAACACGCGGAUUCCGAAGAUUAGGAUCAAGUACGGCAGUCAAGGCAGGUGAUAAAAAAUUCACCGUUGUCCCAGUCAGCAACAUUCAGUCGAAUAGUCGCCCAGCAUGGAUGCACAUUCUCACAGCGGCGGUGGCGGGGGAACGACCGCCAACGGUGGCAGUACUCAACAGUUUUGCCUUCGGUGGCACAAUCAUCAGGCAAGUUUGUUGAGCUCCCUACCAAUUCUGUUGGAUCAAUCGCACCUAACCGAUGUGACAUUGAUAGCGGAAGGGCGCAACAUUAAGGCCCACCGGGUGGUUCUUAGUGCGUGCAGCACUUUCUUCUCGGAGCUGUUUCGAACUCUGGACGGGCCACUUUAUCCGGUGGUCGUGCUACCGGGUGCCUCCUUUCACGCCGUUGUCGCCCUACUCACCUUCAUGUAUUCCGGUGAAGUCAAUGUAUACGAGGAACAGAUUUCAACCUUGCUCUCGCUGGCCGAGACGCUGGGCAUCAAGGGGCUGGCCGACUUUAGUGGAAAUUCUCACAAAUCCAGUACCCCGACUACGGAGGCUUCCUCGCGGGAAUCUGAAAUCCCGUCGCCAUAUCAAGCAAUAAAAAUGGAAUCCCCUGGCGAACAGCUGUUUCAACGUCCAUUCAAUUUUCAUUCACCGCUUUUCCCCCAGGCGCUCAAUCUGGCGACGAACAAUAAUUGCUCUAGUAACAAUAACAACAACAACAGCAGCAGCACUAAUGCGAACAACAGCAACACCUGCUCAAGCGCAAACAAAUCGACGGACCUUUUCUCGAGAUUCCUUCCGCAAAAGUGUGAUAUGCUAGUCCCGAACGAAGCGCUAUGGAAAAUGAAUGAAGAAAGUGAGGCUAUAAAUAGAGAGAACAAAAGUGUCACCGGCAAUGGGAGCAGUCCCAGUGGUCCCGCUGCCGGCACAGAGGAUCGACAUUCUGUCAAUUCUAAUAAUAAGAAUACCAUCAACCACCAGCAGCAACAGCAACCGGCCACUGAGAGGCAAAGCACUCCCCGAAACGAUUCGGAGGCCACCGCAACCGGCGGAGGAAAUCCUAAAUUUAAUCUUGACAGCAGCUAUCUCCACCAACAACAGCAGCAUCCGCACGAUUCGGCCCCAUCCACACCGUCCAGUAAUCCGGACGAUCAGCUCCGGCCAGCAUCCCAGAGUGCUUGUUCGAACAAGAAAUCCACCAGUCAAGAAAGUAAGCGCAAAAAAAUCGACAAAAUUGCCGAGAAUCUUCGAACGCAAACAACGGCAUCGGCGGCUGCAGCGGCUGCCGCUGCCGCAGCUGCCGCGGCAUCCUUCAACAAACACUUGCUACAAUCGCUGAAAUUCCCACCGAGCAACACCCAAUCACUGUCCCCGCUGCACCUAUUCAGUAAGCCCCCCACCGUCACUCCAGUUAGCAAUCAACAGGCUGCCUUCCUAUCGCAUCACUUUCACACGAACGAAACCGCCUCGAAAACGCCGGAAAAUCUCAUCCUGGAAUCGUCCCAUCCAAGUCCCGGUGGAGGAGCGUUGAAUCACUCGAAUGCAUCGCCAGUUUCGUCAGCGGGCACCGGUACGAGCCCAUCCACAACCCUUACUCCCUCGAUGGCAAUGGACAGCUUUGUCGGGGCUUCAUCCUUCAGUGCCAACAGUAUGCUAAAGGCAGCGGCAGCCGUUCAUCAACAAAACCAGCAACAGCAGCAGCAGCAGCAGCAAAAACCACCCACCAAACUUUACGCCACCUGCUUCAUCUGCAACAAGCAACUCAGCAACCAAUACAAUUUGCGGGUACAUCUGGAGACGCAUCAGAAUGUGAGAUACGCCUGCACCGUUUGUUCCCACGUGUCCCGCAGCAAGGACGCGCUGAGAAAGCACGUAUCCUACCGUCACCCUGGAACACCCAGUCCGUGCGAUCCGGACACCAAAAGGAAGCGCUCGAAGGCAAACCUAGGACAAAUGAUCAAGCAGGAACUGUUGGGUGACCAAACCGCAGCGAUGAGCCAUUUAAUUAAGCAGGAAAAUCUCAACGAUCCAACGUCGCCAACUAUGAUGAGCCAACAGCAGCAGCAACAGCAACAACAACAGCUUUUAGCUAAUUUGACAUCCCAGGCCAAUUCGAUUGCUUCGAUUCCCAGCUUUCUUCAGCAGGCGGCAUCAAUGCAGUCUGCCUUCUCACCCAAAUCAUUGCUAUUCAACGCUGCGUCAAUUCCUACCUCCUUGGCAUCGUCUCUGUCGCAGCAUUCCUCGUCGAUUGCCGAGGCAUGCCAGUUUCUUCAGCCAAAAGAAGUUAGUAUCAGUUCCCCUUCGGUACUUGCAAACAACUCCAACGCUAGAACCCCUUCACCGAUGGAGACUAGCAAGAUCAGCAGCAACAACAACAACAAUGGAUCGCCCGAAAGCAUGGACGGAAUCCACUCCAACACCGAAGAAGCGGCCAAACCAGUCAUGUCUUAAAACCAAAAACUAGUCAGUCGUGUUCGUCUUGUGGAACAUUCGACGUCAAUGAGAUAUUGUUUUUUUUUUUUUUAUUUAGCCAGUAAGUAGCGGAAUGAUUCAACAGAACCACUUUUAUAAAAGACAUUAAUUUAAAAAACAUAAACAAUUAAGCUAUUUACACACGUGCAGAUAAACCACAGGUGAAGACUCCCGAACCGAUCCCUGAUGUGACAUUUUUUUUCGUUUUCACUUUUCUACCUUAUUGUUUGUAACUUUUAACUACUUCCCUAGCUGUGAUAGUCAAUCAAUCGUAUAGACUCGAAUUGAGCAACAACACUUCAAAGCAGAUUCGUAUCAAUAAAUCAAAACCAAAAAACAUACAAACUAAAAAACCUGUUGUAUAACCCUUUCGAAGGUUUUUUUAAUAUUUUUAUCGCUACCUCACAAAAUUUUAUGCACAACAAACGAAAAUUUGGCACGAAACUGAAGCUGAAGCGGAAAACUACCUGUUCUAGACUAAAAACCCGUAAAAGACACACACAAAAACGAAACCCUUUUUUCUGUUCGACUUAGUGAAAGAGUGAAGUGCCUUACGAAGCGCCAGACAGUGCCUUUUCGUUACUUUCGAGGACACUUGUUGAUAGCACAGGAACAGAUUUUUUCUCAUUCUAUAUAACACACAGAAAAGAACAAUAAAAUAAAAGAUUAUGUACUUAAACUAAACUAUAUAUUCUAUCGUUAAAAAAAAGAUGUGAAACUUGAAAAAGACAGUACCGAGUAGGACAUUUGAACGUUUAAUUGUUUCAUCUUUUUAUUGAUUAUUUAAAGCAAAUUUCUUAUCUUCGAUUUAGCGUGUUAAGUGGUUAUUGAAUGUACUAUUUAAGUUACUAGCGGGUUGGAGGGAAGAAUAAAAUAGAAUGAUAUUGUUACCACCACCACCACCACCAAACCGAACACUAUUGUUUACUGUACUUUGUACACUGUUAGUGAAAACCGAAUGCAAUAACACUUCAUGCAUGCACUAGAAUUAGUAGAAUGGUAGACUUUUUCUCUCUGAAACCUUCGCCUUUCUUCUUCGAACGUUUUUUUUUUACUUUUUUAGCAGUGAGGAAUGUUUGGAUUUCUAUUUAAAAUAUAUAUUAUGAUGAUGGCUGGAAGAAAGAUAGCACCACACAGCAUACUACAUUGUAACAAAACUGAACCUUUGAGUUUUAAAAUAAAACACUAGAAGUUU